UAACGACCUGAAGCUGCGGCACUUGACGAGACGUUUGGCGGCUGCCAGGAGCAGACUGGGCCGCUUCAUGGCACCGGUGACCGCGGACUGAAUAAUGGGCUCCGCGGCUUGGCAGCCAUGGCCAGAUCCACCAACAGAAGCUCCGAGGACGGGGACCCGCGGGUGAGCGCUCCCGGGGACCGCGGAGGGGCGCGGGACCUGGCCGAGCCCCGGGAACUGUCUCUGGAGGAGGUGCUGAAGUCCUACGAGCAGCCCAUCAACGAGGAACAGGCAUGGGCGGUGUGUUACCAGUGCUGCAGCGGGCUUCGGGUACCUCGCCCGCCGGCCGGCAGGGUCCGCCGGGUGAAGGACCCGUCCUCCAUCCUGCUGCACCGGGACGGAACCGUGUCGCUGCCGCCGGAGCCCCAACACCAAGAUGACGCUGAAGCUCCUCCUCUUCCUCCGGCCGCAGAGCGACAGCUGGUGCAGUCGCUGGGCGUGGCCAUCUACCGAGCGCUGGACUGGGGUCUGGACGAGAGCGAGGAGCGGGAGCUCAGCCCGCAGCUGGAGCGCCUCAUCGAGCGCAUGGUGGGCGGAGAUCAGGGCGGCCAGGCCCGCUGCUGCGCCGCCAACGGCACCUCGGACGAAGGCUACAGCGGGCAGGAGGAGGAGGAGGAGGAGGAGGAGGAGGACGAAGAGGAGGAGCAGGUGGAGGGAGCCGUCCGGCCGGUGGCCACGUUCCGCCAGGUGAUGGCGCUGUGCGCGUCCCGGCUGGCCAACCGCAGCCUGGCUCCGGAGCACUACCAGGCCGUCUGCAGGGCCCUGUUCCUGGAGACCCUGGAGCUGCAGACCUUCCUCACCAAGAUUAGAAAUGCAAAGGAGAUGCUGAAGAAGAUUUCCACUGAGGAAGCUCUGGAGGACAAAUCCACGGCUGAGCUGGACGCCCUCAAACAUCGAGACUGGGCCCGCCUGUGGGUGCAGCUGAUGAAGGAGCUCCGGCAGGGCGUGAAGCUGAAGAAGGUGCAGGAGCAGCCCUUCAACCCGCUGCCCACCGAGUUCAGCCUCACGCCGUUCGAGAUGCUGAUGCAGGACAUCCGAGCUCGCAACUUCCAGCUGCGCAAAGUCAUGGUGGACGGUGAUAUUCCUACCAGAGUGAAGAGAAAUGCUCACGAGCUCAUCCUGGAUUUCAUCAGAUCGAGACCUCCGCUCAAACCGGUUUCGGAGCGCUGCCUCCCUCCGCCUCCCCCACAGCAGCAGUCCCUCCAUGAACGGGUCCUGGCUGAGAUCAAGCAGGAGCGAAAGCUGAGGCCGGUGGACCCGCCGAGCUCCCGACCGUUCGGCUCGCUGCCCUGCCUCGCCCAGACCUGUCAGUGCAACGUGAAGUCCACCUCCUGCAUCGACCUGUCCACGUCGGGGCUGGGGACCCGGGGGCCGCCGACCCGCCCUCGCGUCCUCCUCAAGGCCCCGACUCUGGCCGAGAUGGAGGAGAUGAACAUCUCCGAGGAGGAGGAGUCCCCGGACAACGGGGAGCUGAGGAGGACGGAGAGCUCCCCGAUGCCGCUGAAGAGGGACCGCUCCUUCUCGGAGCACGACCUGGCGCUGCUCCGCGGGGAGAUGCUUCCUUCGCUGUCCGAGUCGGCCCAGCUGGACGGUGCCGUGCAGCUGAGGAGCGAGAGGCCUCGAUCCAGGACCCUGACCGGGACCGGGCCACCUCCUCACUUCAGAGCCUCCUUCCCGGUCCACGGCUGGGUCCCGCCCUCUCCGGCCCGCCUGUCUCUCAGUGCAGUUGACGAGAUGACCGAAGUGUCGGAGUCGAGCUCCAGAACCGGAGACGAGCCCAAGUGGAUGGAGGAGUUCAGCCACCCGGUGGAGAGUCUCGCCCUGACGGUCGAUGAGGUCAUCAACGUGCGCCGAGUGCUGGUCAAGGCGGAGAUGGAGAAGUUUCUCCCGAGCAAAGAGCUGUACAACAACCUGAAGAGAGGGAAGGUUUGUUGCUGCUGCAGGGUCAAGUUUCCCCUCUUCUCAUGGCCGUCCACCUGCUUACUCUGUAAAAGAUCAGUGUGUGGCUCCUGCAGUGCAAAGAUGAAGAUUCCUUCGAAGAAGAUGGCCCACAUUCCCGUCUACACGGUGGGCUUCCACAGCACCCCCAAGAGCCAUGGACAGAAAAGCCAAGUCUAUAAGUCCCUGCGCAGUCUGUCCCGCCGUUCGGUGGAGGAGGAGUUCCCUCACCUGUACGCUCACGGCUGCACGCUGCGCGACGUCUGCGCCGAGUGCACCAAGUUCGUGGCCGACGUGAUUUCGUCCAGCCGCCGCAGCCUGGACAUCCUCAACAACACGCCCAAGAGGGAGGCCAAAGCAGCCGCCGCCGCCACAGCCGCCGCCACUGCUCAGAGACCCACGCUGCAGCGACAGGCCCACCUCGACCCCGACACCCACCCGGACCUCCACCCACAUCCACAGAGUGACGCCCACCUCCCCCCUGCCCCUCACGCCCACCUCCAUCAGCAGCACCUGCUUCACGCCUCAACGCCGUCCCGCUCGCCGCAGCCGCGCCGCACCGGGACCGCCAACAGCCUGAACCAAUGAGCGAACUGACCGACACUGACCGCACUGUGCUCAACUCACCGCAGCAGGAGGGA